GGCAGAGGGGGGCGGGGCCCACGUCACUUCCUGGAGACUGGCUGAAUCCGGAAGCGAUCCCCCAGGACCGAGUUGCAGCUGAGGACCCCGGCGGCAGGGCCAGGUUCGGGACCAUGAGCUGGAUUCCUUUCAAGAUUGGGCAGCCCAAGAAACAGAUUGUCCCCAAAACAGUGGAAAGAGACUUUGAAAGGGAGUAUGGAAAACUCCAGCAGCUGGAGGAGCAGACCAAGCGGCUGCAGAAGGACAUGAAGAAGAGCACCGACGCCGACCUGGCCAUGUCCAAAUCCGCUGUGAAGAUAUCCUUGGACUUGCUCUCCAAUCCCCUCUGCGAGCAAGACCAGGACUUUCUGAACAUGGUGACAGCCCUGGACACGGCCAUGAAGCGGAUGGAUGCCUUCAACCAGGAAAAGGUGAACCAGAUACAAAAGACUGUGAUUGAACCCUUAAAAAAGUUUGGCAGUGUCUUCCCGAGCCUCAACAUGGCGGUGAAACGGCGGGAGCAGGCCUUGCAGGACUACAGGAGGUUGCAGGCCAAGGUGGAGAAGUACGAGGAGAAGGAGAAGACAGGGCCGGUGCUGGCCAAACUCCACCAGGCCCGAGAAGAGCUUCGGCCCGUGCGGGAUGACUUUGAGGCCAAGAACAAGCAGCUCCUGGAUGAGAUGCCGCGGUUCUACAGCAGCCGACUGGACUACUUCCAGCCCAGCUUUGAGUCCCUGAUCCGCGCACAGGUCGUGUACUACUCGGAAAUGCACAAGAUCUUCGGAGACCUGACCCAGCAGCUUGCCCAGCCCGGCCGUCCUGACGAGCAGCGGGAGCGGGAGAACGAGGCCAGACUGAGCGAGCUCCGAGCCCUCUCCAUCGUGGCCGAUGACUGAGCCUGGCCCUCGGAAGACUCUGGAACACAAGGUCUCUCUAGCCUACGCUUUACGAGCUCAGGCUCGGGCAUCAGGCAGCAAAGGGCCCUUGCCUGGGAGAAGGGAUAGCGGCAGCUCCUGCUCCACCACCCCAGCCCUUGGGAACGAGCCUGGCACCAGGAGCCCCGAGCAGGCUCUCGCCUCCCCAGUCAUAGCAAGAACCCACAGACAGGUAAGCAGUGUAGACUGUCUUAGUCCCUAAAGAACCGUCCAAAGUGCAUCCUGGCCUAGGGCCAGAGCCUGGGCUCUUGUCUGCUCCCUUGAGGUCUUAGCCUGGCUUGCACGGUUGGGAUCACGUCUACCUCCAAAAGGGCCACCCUGGGGAGUCACCCACCCUUGCUGCCUUUUCACCUCAGACUCGCCUUUUCUGGGAGAGGCCUCGACACUGACCUGGGCAACGUGAAAGCCACGGUCUCCCAGCCGCAACGGGCCCCUCACCCCAGCCUCUCGGCAAGACAGCGGCCGGCUCUGCCCACUUCUAGACUUUGGGUCAACUGCAGGGCAGAGCCCCAAGUCUUGCAGCUUCCCUAGGAAGCUGGGACUCAACGCUUGUCAACAGCCUACCCCACAAAAUGUCACAGACCGAGUCAGGCCUCACAGCGACAACAGUGGGUUUAUGUCUCACCUGAUUAUUUGGGAUUUUAUUUUUCCAAGUAAAGUUUUCAAUAAAAUGUCUGUA